CACCCGCGCCCUCUCCGCUCCGCCUCACACGCAGCGUUGACCCUCGUAUAAAGCGGAGGCACCGCCACCACUCUCACGCAGUCACGAACCCACUAUCUAAGUGCACUCGCGAUCCACGCGCUCGACAUCUAAAUAGUAAACAGUGAAAGCAGUUUCUCGGUGUUAAAUUAUUACAAUGGCCGACGACUGGGGAUACACCUGCGAAAACGGUCCAGCGACCUGGACGGAGAAGUACCCUGAGGCUGGAGGCGCGCGUCAAAGUCCCGUAGAUAUUGUGACGUCGCGCGCCCGGAGUAGUAACAGCGCGCCCCCCCUCCGGUGGAAGUACUCCGUCAAUCACACCCGGUCUGUCCUCAACCCUGGCUACUGCUGGCGCGUCGACGAGAACGGAUACGAAUCCGAACUACGUGGCGGUCCGCUGGGUUCGGAUGUUUAUAUGCUAGAGCAGUGGCACUGCCACUGGGGCAGAGAGGACGGUGAGGGGUCUGAGCACACCGUGGACGGCCGCUCCUUCUCCGGGGAGUUGCAUCUCGUCCAUUGGAACACCUCCAAAUACGACAGCUUUCAGGAGGCCGCCGGCAAACCUGAUGGGCUAGCAGUCUUAGGCGUCCUACUAGCGGUCGGGUCAAAACACCAGGAGCUGGACAAGGUGGUGCGUUUGCUGCCAUUCAUCCAGCACAAGAACGACAAGGUGACCCUCUCGGAGGCGCUGGACCCCGCACAGCUGCUGCCGCCCCGCGUCGCGUACUGGACCUACCCCGGCUCACUCACCACUCCACCCUGCACUGAGUCAGUCACAUGGAUCUUGUUCAAGGAGCCCAUCCAAGUUUCAGCUGAACAGUUGGCAUUGAUGCGGAGGCUGCGGUGCGGCGAGCCUUCGUGCGGUUCUGAGGCUAUGGAGGUACUGCACAACUACAGGCCCACACUCCCGCUCGGCAACCGUGAACUCCGCGACUAUGGCGGCAACUAACCGUUCUCCACAGACGCUCGCUUCUAAUUAGCGAUUCUUCACAAAGUCUGAACGGAUUGACGAUGACCUUUACCAAAAAGGCCCUAAUAUACUCAACCUCAUGCAUAAAUCCGCCUCUGUCUGUUGACUAUACACGCAGAUGCGUGCCAAUGGACGACAAAUAAGAAUAAACAGCGUCGGCCGUUGGUCUUGACUCAACUUUAAAAUAUCAAUCAUCGCUAAUACAUUAGCAAAGGGGGGCACGCCAAUGACGUCAACGUGUCGUCCGAGUUUGGUACCAACUGUUAAAACGUAACAGUUACGUAAAUAAUACAGAGAGUUGUACCCAAUAUACAUAAUGAUGAAAUGUGUUUUCGUCGAGUUGAGUUCAAGACGCUCCGGAUUCCAAGCCUGAUCUUGGUGACGCUGGCGGCUACGGUGUUUGAUGCCCCAAAAAACCCGGCCCAAAUUCUGCAGAUCUGCUAUUACAUCUCCGCAUGAUAAGAAUAUCUAUAUGCCUUAUAAAUCCUGUGAUUAAUAUGUAUUUGGAAUAAAAUAUAAAUGCUAUAAGUGAACCGUGAAUUACUUGUAAACACGUGUUUCGUCCUCCAAAGACAAACAGCUGAACAGAACAACUGCCUUUCUAGAAACACAGGUAGAGAACUUGAAAAAUAAACAGCAGUUGAGAUCGUAUUGUUGUGAUGAUCAGCACAUCAAAAGAAGAACUCAUUAAACUUGUAAACCUUGGAGAAAGUAAUUAAAAUUCUUUGUUAUGUAAAAGUAUAAAGUAGUUGUGUUAGUUAAUAGCCCGAUAAUAUUUCAUUGUAACACGAGUAGAAUCAUACAUAUAUAUCGUAGCUAUACCCCGACCAGAAAAAAUAAAAAGCUGGCCAUAUGGAGGAAUACAAAAGGAACUAAUUAACACAGCAACUUUCCAAAAGUGAUUGGGGCGCCAUGACGUUUUCUGUGAAAUACGAUGUCAGUCAUAAGUCCUAACCAAAGUUAAUUAUCUAUUGAUUAGCCUGAAAACCCUGUACCAGUGGUCCAUAUUGUAUUUAUUGUACUGUUUAUAGAAAUAAAAGCCCUAUCUUCGUGUUAGGUGAAAUAAUUACUCAAAUGAGGUGAACAAAUUCAAAAAAAUAAUUGUAGAAUAAGUAAGGGCACUGUGGUUAAUAUACCUACUCAC